AUGAUCUUAGCUUGUGCUUGCACAGCUGGUGGAGCUGGGCUUUGGGAUUUUGCAACUACGUGGUCUGAAGCCUACUGUGAGGAGAGUUCCUACUCACCUAUGUCUGGAUUCCAUGACUACGUGACCAUUGACUUGGUGAGGAGGUUGCCCACAACCAGUGUUGCCUGCUGCUUUGCGCUGCUUCACUGUCUCUCAGACUGUCUUUUAGCAUCUAGGCCUCUCAAGAACAGCCAGAUGUUCAUUGACAUCCCUCCAGUUCAGUCUGCUGCUCUGGAAAUUAUGUGUUCAACCUGGCAUGGCCAAAAUGAACAUAUCUCGUCCGUUCUCAGUGAGAUCCUCAUCGUUCCUUUUGUUCUUUGCUUCGGUUUGAAGCCAUGGUCAAUGCGCUUCUGGGAAGCCCUUACAUGCAUCAAACGGACAAGCGGUUCUCGUGUUACAGCACCAUCCUUCCAACAACCAUUUACAUGUGACUUGUUCAUGUCAUAUCUCGCCGACCGACGCACAGAUUGCUCUCAUCCCUUUUGCGCUGGGACGCCCUCGUUCACACCUUUCUUUGGACUCCCUGAACUCGCCAAACGGCCACGUAUUGGCUGCGCUUCGCCUAGUUCAGCCUGGUAUGACCAAGAUGAACAUGUUUCAUCCGUUCUCGGCGAGAUCCUCGUCGCCCCUUUCGUUCUUUGCCCGUUUUGA